AUGCGGGGUAGGGAUAGGGGAUGGUUUUGGGUCGUUGAUGUUCUUAGGGAGAUGGGAAUAAUUUAAAGUGAGGAAUCAAUUCCAAACUUUUUGCAGCAACCGUCACCACUUGCGAAUGGUAGCUAUGGCAGCCCAGGGUCUGUCAGUCUUCAAAAAGGUGGUGUGAAAGGAAAGGUGACCGGAAGACCGGAUUCGCGAGAUGUUGUGUUUUCACCGGCUGCUGGUCAGGGUGGACCAUCAUCGCAAAUACCUUUACACAUACAGAAUUCGCCAGUUGGCACUUCAUUACCCGGCGCUGUCCGAAUGGAAGUGCCUUCAUCUAGUUCUACACUGGGACCGCAACAAAUGCAACAACAGGUGCCUAAUCAACAGAGUAUUAUGGGUCAGGUGCCACCUUCUGCUUAUUCGGCCGGUAUGUACCCGUCUUAUUGGCCGCCACAGCAGAUGCGCUAUAUACAACCAGGAAAUUUACAUCCCAGUCAUUAUUAUCCAGUACAGAACCAAGGUCCCAUGCCACCAUCAGCCUUUACCGGAUAUGGUAUGCCACCAGGAGUACGCCAAAUGAUGCCAGCAAGUUCAGCUAAAAUGCAGCAACCAACACAAAUGGAAAUGACACGUAUGCCGAAUGGACCAGUGCCAUCUGACUGGCAGUCCAGGAUAACUACUCCAAAAUCUCUUCCGGAAGCAAUACAGCAAACUACUUCUGGACAGCAGUCAUUGACUCCGUCAUCUGGAAUACCAGCACCGAGUCCUGGGGGUACCUCUUCAGCUGCCGAUGAAUCGUUAGAGGAUUCCAAAUCUUUACCCGGUGCUUCACCGAAUCCAUGGCCUCAUACGCCGUCACAGAUGAGUCAAGGACAUAGGACUCCGGUGCCUACAAAUCGACCGAAUACACCCACAGUGAACAAACGACAAGAUCCAACGUCCAUUAUUGAUAGACUAGUAGGACCUGUAACUGCAAUGAAUCCGCAGCAUAUUAUGCCUGAAAGGAGAGCUUUUUUCGAAAAAUUGGUCCAAUUCUGUGAACAGCAGGGCGAACCAAUCACGCAGGUUCCGCAGGUUUCAAAACAAACCGUUGAUUUGCAUCGUCUUUACCUAGCUGUGAUGAAACGUGGUGGUUUUGAGCAGGUAACGCGCGAUAAGACAUGGAAACAAGUUUGUACAGAAGCAAAUUCGGAGAUGUCCGAAUCGUCUGCAGCGGGUUACCAGUUAAGAAGACAUUACCAGAAAUAUUUGCUAGGAUUGGAAUGUUUGGAGACGGGCAAGAAUGCUAGUGAGGUGGUUGCAUUUGCAGAGCGGUUGAAAAAGCGCCGAAAAGAUAACAAGGAUCAUAGUGCGCAACAAUAUCCUGGGCCUGGUAGGCUUUAA